CCGCGCGUACGUCCCUUCCCAAUGCAUAUCCUUACACAUCACUGAAUAUGACAGCAUUUCAUUUUCAUGUGAUAAAAACUUUACCCUUACUCUGUAUUUAAAUUAUUUUAAUCCAAAACCUUUUGGAAUUUCAUACUUUGAUUCAUAAUUCCUGUUAUAAACGUGUUGUCGGUCAUAAACAUUGAUUGCGGGUUUCCUUUGACACUUUCGCCAGCGUUAAAAGUUUUCGGUAACAAACAUGUGGCAAUUCGAGGAUUCCGAGAUUUGCUCCAUAGGGAUGAUACACCCUUCCCACAGUCGACACUCCGGCCUGUCCCUCUUGUCGGGAAUGUCUACGUUCUCAGGUAUCUCCACGCUGUCCGGUUGCGCGUCGCCGGAGAACAUGGAGCGACUGCCGGAGCUGCCGGCGGCAGAGGAGCGGCGGCUGCGGCGCGCGGCACAUGUUCUGCAGCAGCGCCUGGUGCUGCGCCAGUGGCUGGCCACGCACAAGCUUCAGCACGCCUACUCCAAAUUACUUAGUCUGGAUGUCUCCUCCCUAGAAGAUGUAUACUGGCUGGAGGACUCAACGGCCAGACACGUGAUCGACCCCAAGGACUUCAACGCGUGGUGCUCGGCGCGUCAGAGCCUCCCCACGGGGAAGGAGGCCCUGCAAACCCUCAAGCUGGACUUGUGGAGUGCCGUUGUUAAGAGCAGCAAGCACCAGGACGCUUGGACAUGGGGUGGCAUGCUGGUGGUGUCGAUCUCAGUGUGCGGGCUGGUGACGCUGGCGGCCAUGACGCAGCCGGCGCUGGCGCCGGAAGCCAAGCACUCGCUGCUGCAGUACGUGACCGGGAAAUACCUGCACCCGCCGAGCUGUAAGGUGGAAUGGGGCUGGGAGGAGCCUCAGCCGGUGGGGGAGACCAUGUGCUUCACGGUGUACUGCUUCCAGCGCAACGGGCAGCCCUACCCCAUCUGCGACACCGACGAGCUCGUUGUUAACAUCUCCCACGGGACGCGGAAGAUAACAGCAGUGGUAGAGUUGGGGUCCGGCGACCCCGCCAAGGCAAAUAUCGCGCGCGUGAAGUUCACUGUGCGGACCGCGGGGGUUUACAUCAUCAAUAUACUGAUUGGGGGGCAGGUGGGCGCAGGAGGCCCGUUCCGCAAGUGGUUCGCGGCGGGGCGGGUGGAGGCGCGGCGCUCGCGGGUGGGGCGCGCGCUGGCCGCGCUGGUGUGCACGGCGCAGCACGCGCGCCGCCUGCACGUGCACCCGAGGGACCGCUUCGACAACCCGGCGCCGCUCGCGCACCCCGCCAACGAGGGGUUCACGAUAGAGAUCAGCCCGAUCGGCGAGCCGGUGGACCCCGAGCUGUCGGCGGCGGCGUCGUUCGAGUACGACGCGGUGAACCAGCGCGUCAGUGUGGCGCUGUGUUUCCCGCGCGCCGGCGUGUUCCGCGCCGCCAUCUACUACGACCGGGUGCUGCUGCACAACGGCGAGUUCGACUGCAUCGUGCUCACAGCCAGCGACACGGCGACGGUCCAGCGGCAGCUGAGCGCGCGGCGCGGCGCGGCGUUCGAGGCGCGGCUGGGCCCGCGCGCGCGCCGCGUGCUGGUGUGCCUCAGCGCCAAGCAGCUGCUGCUCAAGGACUACAUCCUGCGCUUCAUCCCCAAGCGCAUCACCUCCUUCCGCCUCUGCCCCUCCACCAAGCUGUCGCUGAGCGCGCGCGCGGGCGCGGGGCCGGCGGGCGAGCUGACGCUGGACGACGGCGUGCAGCCGCCCGUGACGCUGUGGAGCGCCGAGCGCGACCUGCUGGCCGCCACCUUCACGCAGCUGCUCAUCGCCAACUGCGGCGGCGAGGACAGCUUCAAGAACAAGCAGGACUUCUUCUACAGCGAGGUGCGCAAGGCGCACUGGCGGCACCCGCACGAGAAGCUGGCGCUGCGCGUGGCGCGCUCCGAGCUCGUGCGCUCCAGCCUCAAGGCCACUAAGAGCUUCGCCAUCGCCGACUGGUGCAAGAACUUCGACGUCUGCUUCCAGGGAGAACAAGGUGUGGACUGGGGCGGCGUGCGGCGCGAGUGGUUCUCCCUUCUGUGCGCACAGCUGUUCGACGCCAAGGGCGGGCUGUUCGUGUCGUGCCACGACUCGCCCGCCGGCCUCGUGCACCCCAACCCCGACCGCCCGCCGCAUUUCAAGUUGAAACACUUCGAGUUCGCGGGCAAGAUAGUGGGCAAAUGCCUCUACGAGAGCGCCUUGGGGGGAGCGUACCGGCAGCUGGUGCGGGCGCGCCUCGCCAGGUCCUUCCUGGCGCAGAUCAUCGGCUUGCGGGUGCACUAUAAGUAUUUCGAGCAAGAUGACCCUGAGCUGUACCUCUCCAAAAUCAAAUACAUCUUAGAGACCGACCUGGACGCAUCGGAUUCAAUACCAGAAAUUUACUUCGCGGACGACGUUUACGACUCUUCCGGACGGCUUGUCGAGACGAAAGACCUGGUUCCUAAUGGCUCUACGAUAAGGGUGCGCAACGACAGCAAGCUGCAGUACCUGGACGCGCUGGCGCAGUGGCGCCUGGCCGCGCGCUGGCGCGCCGAGACCGACGCCUUCCUGCGCGGCCUCACGCUGCUCGUGCCCGACAACCUGCUCGCCAUCUUCGACGAGAACGAGCUCGAGCUGCUGAUGUGCGGCACGGAGGAGGUGUGCGUGGCGGACUGGCGCGCGCACGCGCUGGUGUCGGGCGCGGGGCGCGACUGGGAGCGGCGGCUGGGCUGGCUGUGGGCCGCCGUGGCCAACCUCAGCGCGGAGGAGCGCGCGCGCCUGCUGCAGUUCACCACGGGCUGCUCGCAGCUGCCGCCCGGCGGCUUCCAGGAGCUCAACCCGCGGUUCCAGAUCACGGCGGCGCCCACGUUCGGCGCGCUGCCCACGGCGCACACGUGCUUCAACCAGCUGUGCCUGCCCGACUACGACUCGUACGAGCACCUCGUGCGCGCGCUGCUGUGGGCCAUCAACGAGGGCGGCGAGGGCUUCGGCAUGAUAUAGGCCGCCACUGACAACACACACACACGCACACGCACAGGAGCUGCAGGAUCACUAGUUUCAACGAGACUCACAGUGUCGCGCGUGUCUUUGGGAUUUUGCAUUUUAUAUCUCAGUAUUCAGUGGUCUGUUUACGAUUUGAUGAUAAGAAUAAAUCAUUUUGCUGCUGCUCCAAUGAAGAGUUACGGCCCGAUAGGUUCGUUAAAUGGUGCCAGCAGCGUCUCGUGUGAUUAAAAACCUUAAACUUGUGCUGUGCAAUGCGAGGUACGGUGGUUUGUUCAGAAUGAAUUUGGCUUUACAGUACAGCUAAAUAGAAUGACUUACGCACAGCGACGGCGAGCAAGUUAAUGCUUGUUACCGCGCUAUUAUAAUAAAAACGUUGAUGUAAAAGCUGGUGAUUAGUUGUACAAUGUUUUAUUUCUAUAUGUGUAUGCCGUCAAUAAUUUGAAAUUUAAAAGAAAUAGACAGAACAUUGCAUAACUAUUCAACCACCUUACAACGCUUAUUAGUAAGAUGGUAAAUGUCGUCGAAGAGAGCCUACUGAGCUGUAUGGAAAUACAGCUCAGUAGCUUAACUUAUUCAGUGCAAACAUAUAAUGAUAGUGACGGC